AUGGCCCUCGGCGAAAAAUCCUCCUCUGCCGAAACAACACCCACAGCAAGCACCCGACAUAUCAAAACAAAAUCAGCAGAGGUAGACCUCGAAAAUGGCAUCAGUGAGCCGGACACCCGAGAUCAAGACGAAGCCUCAAGGGACCCCAACAUCGUCGACUGGGAUGGCCCAGAUGAUCCAGAAAACCCCCUCAACUGGACAUCGAAAAAGAAGUUCGGCGCCACAGUGUCUAUUGCGUUGAUUACCCUUCUCACGCCCCUGGGAUCAUCAAUGUUCGCCCCCGGCGUACCAAAACUGGUGCAAGACUUCACCGUGACAAGCACCGAGUUGUCAUCGUUCGUCGUAUCUGUGUAUUUGGUGGGAUACUGUUUCGGCCCAUUGCUCAUUGCGCCUCUUUCGGAGAUGUACGGCCGGCAAUACCUUUACCAUGUCUGCAAUGUCCUCUAUGUGGUUUGGACUGUUUGCUGUGCCGUUGCCCCUGAGAUAGGCAGUCUGAUUGUGUUCCGGUUCCUGGCUGGAUUCGCCGGAAGUUGUCCACUGACUAUCGGUGCCGGCUCGAUAGCCGAUAUGUAUGUACAGGAAAAGAGGGGAGGCGCAAUGGCAGUUUGGGCGAUUGGUCCUUUGAUAGGACCCGUCAUUGGCCCGAUUGCCGGUGCAUAUAUCACACAGGCAAAGGGCUGGAGAUGGACCUUUUACAUCCUGGCAAUGGCUAGCGGUGCUGUCGCCGUCAGUUCCUUAUUCACUAUCAGUGAAUCGUAUGCCCCAACCCUUCUUGGGCGAAAAGCGAAGAAACUUCGUCAAGAGACUGGGAACCCGAAGCUGCGCUCAGCGCUCGAAACCACUCUCACGAGAAAAGAACUGUUUCUUUUAUCCAUCAUCCGACCGGCUAAGAUGCUUUUCCUUUCUCCAAUCGUCUUCCUCCUCUCUCUUUACGUUGGCUUGGUUUACGGAUACCUAUACCUUGUGUUCACGACCAUUACUUCCGUUUUCGCGAAUACCUACGGGUUCAGCCAAGGGAGCGUGGGAUUGUCUUAUCUUGGUAUUGGCAUAGGCUCUAUAAUCGGGUUGAUAGUCCUAGGUGGAACCUCCGACAAACUACUGAUCUAUCUGUCCACCAAAAACGGCGGAGAGAAGAAGCCCGAGUAUCGGCUUCCGCUCCUGAUCCCAGGAUCAUUGUUCGUUCCAGCUUCGCUAUUCAUAUAUGGCUGGACAGCGUUCUACCAUACUCAUUGGAUUGUACCCAUCAUAGGCACUUCGUUUCUUGGUGUGGGAAUGUUGAUCACCUUCAUGACUAUCACCACAUACUUGGUAGAUGUGUUUACAGUUUAUGCCGCCUCUGCCAUGGCCGCAAACACGGUCUUUCGAUCCCUUGCCGGCGCGCUGCUUCCACUUGCCGGUCCUAAAAUGUAUGCUGCCCUUGGGUUGGGUUGGGGUAACUCGCUGCUUGGUUUCAUUGCAUUGGCAUUCUGUGUAUUACCCAUUAUAUUCUGGGUGUACGGGGAACGUAUUCGAACUAAUCCCCGAUUCCAAGUUCAGCUUUGA